AUGGCCGAAAAAAAUACGACCACGCAAGAUACCAUCAACCCUAAUCCCGAAAGACAAGCGGCCUCGCCUUCCCCUCCACCUCCAGCUCCCGUCCCCCUCACCCCUGGUCCGCGCGCGUCGCGUUUACACCAGGUCUUCGACCAAGCGUUGGCGCGGACGCUGCGCGCCAACUCGUAUGCGAAUUUCUCGGGGUGCUUCCCGACGCCUGCGAAGCAUGUGCCGGCGAGUUUGGAGUCGGUGUGGAGACAGUUGAAUGCUAAGUUGGAGGAGAGUGCUAAAGCCGAGUUUGACGAUAUCGUUUAUGAGAGGGAUGUGGUGCGGCAAUUGAAUGAGUUGGAUCGGCUGGUGGGUGAAGCGAGAUAUAGGAGGGAUAAUGGACAAGGAGAGGGAAAUAUUGCUCCUCACACACUCGGCCCGGAGGAAUUAUAUAAGGCACAUCUUACUCCAUACCUGCAAGAGGCUCAAUCGACUGUGAAUGCAAAGCUUCAGUCGACUGAGAAGCAGAAUGCGGAGCUAGCGCAAGAUAUCCAGAGCCAGAGAAUGGAAAUCCAAAAUCUACUAUCAAACCUCGAGUCUGUUGUGGCAGAUCUCGAUGGUGCCGCGGCCGCUGCAACACAAUUCAGCAAAGAAAAUGGUCUUCGCCAGGAAACUAUGCAAAUGGAUGAGGAAGUCAAAGCCAGGCCAGAUAUUUAA